AUGAACCUUUUGGCUUUCGUAGGAGAACCUGAUCUAGUGGAUGUAGAGAAUUGGGUACAGGAGAUAGAGGAGAUCAUGACUAUGCUCGACUGCAUGGACGAGCCAAAGGUUUGUUAUAUCGCAUUUAAGAUGACCAAAGAUGCAAAACGCUGGUGGCUUUCUAUGAAGCUACUAAAAGAGCAGAGGGUAGAAAAGAUAACACCGACCUGGGAGCGAUUCAAAGAGCUGUUCUUUAAUAGGUAUUUUCCCUUUUCUAUCAAAAAGGAAAAGAUUGAAGAGUUUACUAACCAGACCAAGGGGAAUAUGACCGUUAGGGAGUAUGCAACGAAAUUUGUCGAGCUAUCUUGCUUCACAUUGUUCUUGAUCCCGAACGAGCCAAGAGAGGUUAGGAAAUUUGAAAAAGGUCUGAGAUGCAGAAUUUAUGAGCUUGUAGUAGGGUUCCAGGUGCAAAAUUUUUCAUACUUGGUAGAUAAAGCUAUGGUGCUGAAGAAAAGCAUUCAGGGUAGUAGAGAGCCUACAGAGCAGAAGAAGAGGCCUGCACCAUCUAGUUUUCAAGUUGAGGUCAGUCAGGGAUCAGGGAAUAAAGUGAAAGAUGCAGUGGGCUUGAGACAAGAGACAGAAGAUCAGGGUUAUCCUGGUUAUUAG